AUGGGAUUAUUAUCAUUAGGAACUCCGUUAGAUUGGCACCAAUCCAAGAAGCAUAAUCAACAUGUCAGAAAUAAUGGUAUAGAGCAACUUAUCAAUAUCUUCAAUCAACAUGGUGACAGAGACGAUGAUAAGUUCUAUUGGGGUGAUGAGGUAGAAUAUAUGUUAGUGCAUAUCGAUGAUGAUAGUCAAAAAGCAACCUUAUCAAUAGAUAAAGAUUAUAUUUUAGAUGAUUUGAAUGAUAGUACUUUACCUUUGUACAAAGAAGUUGUUGAUAAGAAUGUUUCGUUCCAUCCUGAAUAUGGUAGAUAUAUGAUCGAAGCAACACCUUUGAAACCUUUCAAUGGUGAUGAUAUUUAUGAAUAUGUUUACAUUGAAGAAAAUAUGAUCAAUAGAAGACAAAUAUCCCAAGAUCAAUUACCUUCAAACAUUAAACCUUUAACUAUAACUUCAUUCCCCAGACUUGGAUGUGAAGAAUCAACUAAUCCUGUAGCAAAACCUGUAGGACCAGCAUCACAAUCAUUAUUUUUACCUGAUGAAAUCAUCAAUCGUCAUGCUAGAUUUCCAACCUUAACUGCUAAUAUCAGAAAGAGAAGAGGAUGUAAAGUAUGUAUCAAUUUACCUAUUUAUCCUGAUAUCAAUACCAAGUUACUUGAUGAUUCUAUCCCUUCAAGAGAUCUUUUUGAUAGUGAUAAAGAAUAUCUCUAUGCAUCAAAACCAGGUCAUAUUUAUUUAGAUUCCAUGGGUUUCGGUAUGGGAGCUUCUUGUUUACAAAUGACAAUGCAAUUGAAGAACAUUUCUGAAGCAAGAUAUGUUUAUGAUAUGUUAGCACCAAUAACUCCUUUAUUCCUUAGUUUAAGUGCAGCUGCACCUAUGUUCAAAGGGUUCUUGGUUAAUCAAGAUGUCAGAUGGAAUGUUAUUAGUGGAGCUGUUGAUGAUAGAACAUUUAUUGAGAAGAAUAUCGAUCCAUAUCCUGAUUAUGAUUAUUUCGGAGGUUUAGAUGUUGAUGAUCAAACCAAACUUCUUUUCAAGAAAUCCGGUGGUCAUAGAGGUAUUGAUGGUGAUAGAGUUAUCAACGAUACUGGUGAUACUGCCAUUAAGACUGCUGACGGUAAGAACAUUCAAAAGAUUCCUAAAUCAAGAUAUGCUUCUAUUGAUAAUUAUUUAUCCAACUCCACUGAAAAAUAUAACGAUAUUUAUUCUCCUUUGAACGACGGGGUUUACCAAAAAUUGAAAAAGAAUGGUUUUGACCCUGUUUUAGCUCAACAUUUCAGUCAUUUAUUCAUCAGAGAUCCUUUAGUGAUCUUUAGUGAAAGAGUCGAUCAAGAUAAUACUUUGGAUAAUGAUCAUUUUGAAAAUAUCCAAUCAACUAAUUGGCAAACUUUAAGAUUCAAACCUCCUUCAUUGUAUGGAAAAGUAGAUUGUCAAGGUAAACAUAUUGAUUUAUCGGAAAAACCAGGAUGGAGAGUUGAAUUCAGACCUACUGAAAUUCAAUUAACAGAUUUUGAAAAUGCUGCUUAUUCUUCAUUCAUAAUAUUAUUAUCCCGUGCCAUAGCAAAAUUCAAACCCAAUUUUUAUAUCCCAAUAUCAAAAAUUGAUGAUAAUAUGGAUACAGCUCAUAAAGUGGAUUCGGUAUUAAAAGAUAAAUUCUGGUUCAAAAACUUCACCCAUUGGGAAUUAGAUGCUCAAGAGUUCAUGAGUUUUGAUUUAUCUUGGUUUGAUAGAUAUAUCAAUAAAGGUAAUGAUUUGAAUACUUAUCAAAAUGGGUAUAUGGAUAAACCUGUUACUGACAUUGGAUGCAAAUCAACUGCUGAUGAUCAUCCAUGUCUUAACAGUACUUGCAAAUAUACUAUCAAUGAAAUCAUCAAUGGUAAUAAUAACUUCCCUGGAUUAAUCAGAUUGGUUAUUAAAUUCAUAGCUACUGAUUUAGUACCUAAAAAUCAAGUUCAUUGUAAUUCUAAAACUUUGGCUGCAAAAUUAUUAAGAUUACAAUACUAUUUAACUUUGAUAAGUAAAAGAGCUAGUGGUAAAACUCCUACCAUUGCUAACUUUGUUCGUUCCAAAGUUUUGAAAUCAUCAUUAUAUCACCAAGAUUCCAAGAUUUCCUCCGAAUUGAAUUAUGAAAUUAUUAAGAUGACCGAAAUCAUCACCAACUUAGAUUUUGAUAAUCAUAAAGAUUUAUUAUACGAAUAUUUCGGACCUAAAGUAGCCAACUACUUAGAAAAGAAUCCAGUUCUUAACUUAGAUUUAUAG